CUUGAGUGGGCGGCCCCUCGUGCAUUGGCAGACCGUUGGCGUUGCCUGACAGAAUGUUUUGCAGAUAAAGGAGUUUCCCCCCAAUCAAUGAUUAUUCGUGACAAAACACGAAUUUGGUCAAUUUCGAGAAUACACAUAUUUCAGACAGCAACAGUGUACUAGAGGUGACUGCCACUGAGUGGAGGUGAAUAAGCAUACCGCCCGACCAUGCUCACAUCACGGGGAGAUUCAGAUUGUAGAACGCGCAGAAGCCUCGGUGUAGGAAGGGUUGCCUCGUGACUGACCACCCUCAAGUGAGAGGGAAAGAGAGAUCGACAAGUCACUCACUCACCGAGACUGCACUGUGAGUGUGGACUCAUUGCGACAGACCGGGAACGAUUAGGAAAGACAUCAUCCACCUUUAAAGCUAACCCAGUUUCUCAAUCCUCCUCCCUUCCUUUCCCCGUUCCUACCCUAGGCGAGUUACUGUAUGUACGCACCUCUGCCUGGAUUGAAAACCCCGAAGGCAGUGAGUGAGGCACGCCGGCCCCAGGGUCCCCGCGCUUCGGUGAGAGAAUCGCUGAAAUGAGAUGAGGCUCAGAAAUGGAACGGUUGCCACUGCUAUCAUUUUCUUCACGUCGUUUCUCAGCCUGUCUUGGUACACAGCCUGGCAGAAUGGCAAAGAGAAGUUGGUAGCGUACCAGAGGGAGUUCCAUGCCUUGAAAGAGCGCCUCCGUGUGGCCGAGCACCGGACCCUGCAGCGCUCUUCAGAGCUCAACAACAUCCUGGAGCAGUUCAGACGGGCCAUCGCUGAGACCAACGGCAGCAAGGACGCUCUCAUCAACUUCUCAGAUGAGACACAGAAGUUGCUGAAGGAGCUGGCCAGUAGGAAGCCCCUUCAGGUGCCGAACAUCUACCACCACAUGCCUCACCUGCUCAACAAUGAGGGCAGCCUGCACCCCGCUGUCCAGGUGGGCAUGGGCCGCACUGGAGUCUCCAUGGUGAUGGGUAUUCCUACCGUAAAGCGGAAAGUAAAGUCGUACCUGGCCGAGACUCUACACUCGCUCAUCGACAAGCUCUCACCGGAGGAGAAACUUGACUGUGUCAUCAUCGUCUUCGUUGGAGAGAUGGACACGGAAUACGUCCAAAGCGUGGUUACUGGACUGGAGAAAGAGUUUUCUACAGAGUUCAGUUCAGGUCUGUUGGAGCUGAUCUCUCCUCCUGCCAGCUACUACCCAGAUCUCAAAGAACUCAAGGAGACUUUUGGAGACUCCAGAGAGCGGGUCAGAUGGCGGACCAAGCAGAAUCUGGACUAUUCCUUCCUCAUGAUGUAUGCUGUGAGCAAAGGAGUCUACUAUGUCCAGUUGGAGGAUGACAUUGUGGCCAAGCCCAACUACUUUGCCACCAUGAAGAACUUUGCCUUGCAGCUCUCCUCCGAGGACUGGAUGAUCCUCGAGUUCUCCCAGCUCGGCUUUAUCGGUAAGAUGUUCCAGGCUCCAGAUCUCAAUCUGAUCGUAGAGUUUAUCUUCAUGUUCUAUAAGGAGAAGCCCAUUGAUUGGUUACUGGACCACAUCCUCUGGGUCAAAGUGUGUAACCCGGAGAAAGACGCAAAGCACUGUGAGCGGCAAAAGUCGAGUCUGCGUGUGCGGUUCAGGCCCUCUCUCUUUCAACAUGUGGGGCUGCACUCCUCUCUGGCCGGAAAGAUCCAGAAACUCACUGAUAAGGACUUCCUGAAACCCUUGCUCCAUAAAAUCCACGUGAACCCACCUGCUGAGGUGUCCACGUCUCUCAAGGUGUACCAGGGCCACACGCUGGACAAGACCUACCUAGGAGAAGACUUCUUCUGGGCCAUCAACCCUACUGCUGGAGACUAUGUCCUCUUCAAGUUCGACAGGCCCGUCAGCAUAGAGAGGUUCCUGUUCCGCAGUGGGAACCAGGAACACCCUGGGGACAGGAUAGAGAACACCACCGUAGAGAUACUGCCCUUCUUGGAAACUGGACCAAAGACCAAAGAGAAGUACAAGCGAACUGAAGACCGCUACUACAGAAUCGGUCAGUUUGAGAAGGGUGUGGCGGAGGGUGCUGUAGACACCUCCUUCAACCCGGUGGUGGCGCUGCGUCUCUCUGUCAUCAAAGACUCUGCUGUCUGGGCCAUCCUCAGCGAGAUCCACAUAAAAAAGCUACCAGGCUGACAUAAGGCGGGGGGCCACAAUCCAGGCCCCCGGCCCCGGGGUGCUCGCAGACGCGCCUAAAACUUGCUGACUAGGGGCCCUCUGGCAACCAGCAGUGACAUCCUCAGAGCUCACCAGAGCCACUCCUCUCAGGGCUUCUGUCUGAGGACACUCUCAUUCAAUCACUCGCUCGCUCUCUUGCUCUCUCUCUCACUUGCUCUCUCUCUCUCACACUCUUGCUCUCCUCUAUCUUUUUGCGUAAAUGUGAAUACUACUGUACAAAAAAGAGACAUUUAAAAUAUCAGAAGGAAUUGGGUGUGUCCUGCAGAAUUCCGUUCCCAGCUCUGACAGUUGAGGUAACUGUGUGUUACACAGAGGGCUUGUGACUCGGAGAGACUGACCUGAGGGGCUGAUGUCACCCAAACACUGGUGCAAAGUAGGUGCUCCAUGUGCUCGCUACCAUCCCCAUCUCUGGUCUGGUCAGUUGGGGUAUUGCACUGUCUCUGGAGCCACAGAGCCCCCUGCUGGUGACUGAAGAAUGUCUAUUAGCCUCACGGAUCUGUUGUUUUUUGUUGUGUUCCACAGGGAUGUGUGUUCUUGCUAAACAGCAAGUAAUAGACCAAGUAAGGUGUCAGUCAUCUUAUGGUGGUGGAUAACUGCCUUUGUCCCUUUGUCCUCAGCUCUUUUUUUAAGGGAAUUACAAUGACGAUGGCAAACAAAGCGGCGCAGAUCUAGGGUCAGCCUACCUGUCCCAGCUUACCUGUCCCGGUCCCAACCCUAAUCAUUCUAGAGCAAAAAUCUGAAACCUACAUUACCUAAGAGCUGUGUCUGGGACAGUUUAAUCCUAUUCAUUAUUAAAUGAAUAAUCUUGGUGACUGAAGGAAACCAUAUUUAUCGUUCUACUUCGUUUGACAGGAAGCCAGGCUGAAAGACCACCUGUGUCCUUUUAGUGGUAAACCAAUCAGACUUUGGCCUUGACUUCGCUUACCUGAAGGGAUAUUGCUAUAUUGAUGAUAUUAUUACUACUAUGACAAUGAUCUAUGAAGGUGAAUUAAUUUAUUUGAAAUAAAUCCUUAAUUUGUACAAGAGGUUAAAAGUCAGAACUUGUAUUUUUUAUUCUGUGAAGAGUUUAUACUACGGUAGUUGAUAUGUGCCUGCACCCGCUCUUUUUGUUAAAUGAAUAAUUGUUUUCACAGUGCGGCUUGGUGUUCUAUGUUCUCUUGUCUGCUGGUUGGUUCAGAUAGAGGUUGGCUCCAACUGCUGGUCCAGAGUCUGUUUUUGGAUGACCUUUCCUACACAGUCAAAGUUAAAAUAAGAGAUGUCAGAACAGUCCUAGAAGCUAAAACCCUUAAUUGAAACAUUAAGUUCAACCUGUCUCUGUUUUUUUUUUUUUUUUAAGAACAAAAAAAGCCUGAGAUUGGCCUGGAGAAAUGUAACCACGCUCAAAUUCACAGAGGACUGACCAUCCAAUAUGUCAAAAUUACAGAUUUAACCAAGUUGAGGCUAUACAGUGUUUGUUUACAUAUACAUUGUUUACUAACAUUUGAGUAAAACAAGCUUAUGUUGGGUUCUGAUGGGGUACGACUGUUGAACCAAGUUCAUGAGGCAUUUAUAAGUUAUAUUAUUCACGAAUCAAUGGGUGUAUGUGUGUGUGUGUAUAUAUAUAAUUCCAAAAAUGGAUGUAGCAAGUUUAAGCCAGAGAUACUGGCCGAGGCUGUGCUAGAUCAGACCCAAGUGCCUUUAAAAUCCUGCUCAUCCGAGAUUCUGAAGCAGAACUUCCUGAAUGGCUCUGUUGCAAACCUUUCACUCCCUCUUUUUCCUCUACCCUACAUAGGGUGUGUUGACUCGCCCUUGGAGGUUUGAAAUGCUAUAGGUCCUUACAGAAUACAUGAUACUUGAUUGACAGAUGGCUACACAGUGGUAGCGGUUCCACCAUAAAUCACCACCAAUUGUACAGUGUGCCCCAUGUUUACCGUCAGCAAUGGGGGAUAUAUUUUUGGGGACAUUAUUACAUUUUAUUUUCUGUAAAUUGGGAAGGAAUCUCUGUAAAUUGACGAUCAAAUGCUAUUUAGAAAGUUGCACUGAAUUUGUUUAAUGUUCUAUACUUUUUUUUUGGUGUGCUUUCAUUUACCAUCUCCAAUGGAUGUCAUUUCACACUUCUCAUGAGUUCUACCCCAUGUGAUGCCUGAAUUUGUCCAAUCUGAGACUGCUGGUAGUUAGUUGUUGGGCAGGAUGUCGACUGCUGUACUUUUUCUAUUUGCCGUCUUGUUGCAAAGGGCUGCAUGCAGACAGCCAGGCUCCACUUGGAGUGGCGCCUUAUUCACUUUGUAGAUAUACAGAAAAGCAACUUGCAUUGUCUAAACGUCCUACAUGCUCUUUGCCUUGUUUCAGGAUAGGUCAAAACUGUUUUCCAUGAGAUGUUUAUACAGUAAGAGAUUUUAUGAAGGAUUUUUUUCUACCAGAAAUCCAUCCACGUUUGUGAAGAUAGUGAUCGGUUUAUUUGGGGGUGCUAUUUUAAAUGUUAAAUAUGUGCAUGCACACACACGUCCAAUUCUAAAUAUCCCCCUAGCCCCAACCCCUCAGCACUUAAUGUUGAUCUAGAAGGGUUGGACAGCUAUAAGGAACAAAUCCCAUCUACACUAUAAGAGAGCAAGGUGGUGCUAUUGCUAAUUCCUACCCAAUCUUUUUUUUGUUCGUUUUUUGUCCUAGCUAGGAUACAGACUAGGGGUCGAUAGAGCCCCACAGUGGAGGAGUCAUAAUACCCAUAAAACCUAGCGGUCAAACAGGGAAAUAGUUCCAAUUGUUUUCCCACCUUAAUUUCCCCAUAGGGGAUUCUAGAAACACUUAAAGGGUUGUGUUUCGUGUAGGCUUACCCUGGUGUGACGUUUUGAUAGCCAUGUAAAUUUCUCUAGUCCAAGGUGAUUUUUUUUCAAUAUAUUUAGGCUCUAUUUACUUUGAAAUGUGAAAAUAAUAAUUAGCGUCAGAACAGACAUCACGCAAAACUACAAAUCCCUGCAAGCCCCUGCAUGUCAUCUCUAGCUGAAUACCUUUUGCUAACAGGUGUUGUGUAAAUGUGAAACUUGCACAAGACUGUUCAGAGUUGUCCAAUCAAAGAAAUUAAUCAAUUGUAUUCAUUGCUACAUUUAGCUAACAUUAGUUAAUCCAGAGAUCCUUACCUUUGACUUGAUUUGGCAGUCUCUUCCAGAUCAUGGCAUGUGUAGUUCUUUAUGUUGGCCACAUUAGCAGCUAAUUAGCAUUUCAAUUUUGGGGGUAAAAAUACAAGCAAAUAUAUUGACACGUCACCUUGUCCUAGAGAUAUUUACACUGCUAUCAAAAUGUCACGUCAGGAUAAGCCUACACGAAACACAGCCCUUAAAAUUCCCUAUGGGGAAAAAUUAUUGGAACAAUUUCCAUGUUUGACCGCUAGGUUUUAUGGAUAUUAUGACUCAUACUGUGGUACUCUAUUGGGAUUUGGGCAAAACUUUCGAAAGCUGGACACUUUGUACCAGGUUUGCUUGUUUGUACAUGUUUGUUAUUGAUAGUGUGUGUGUGAUUUGAUUGGUCAACCAACCACCUUUGCAUGGAGUUGGCCCUUCCCCUGAGCCCCCUGGUCAAACCAGAUCCUCGCUCACACCUGGGGCUUAUGUAAAGAGUGGAACAUUCUAGAACCUUCGGAUAGAAAUGUAUUAUUUAGAUCUGAUACUCUAGAACUGCGAAUCGUGCCAGAUAUAUAUUACUUCGCCAGAGCUUUGCAGAUAAAUGUAUUUGCGACUUCCUGUAUAAACUCCUGCCAUUCAUGUGGAGGAUGGCUGGGGCUGUGGGUGUGCCUCAGUUUAAAUUGGGUUCCUUUCAUCUUUGUAUUUUGCCCUUCAUCCACGCUUAUCAAAGACUGUAUAUAAAAGCAAUAUGGAGGAUGCCUGCCUAGACCCUAAAAGUGGAUGAAGGAUAGACUAUUGAGACAGCCAGGCUCCCCCACCCCUGCCUGUCUCCACUUACUCCCCAUCAGUCCAUGUGCCUUCAUGUACAUUAGUAUGUCUGCCUCUGCUUUUGACAUGGAUGUACAUUCUCAUCAUUUUAAAUAAAUCAAACUUGUUGAAACAA